AUGAUAUCAACAGGCCUAAACAAUGGUAGUGAUGUUGCUGAUGCUGUUCAUCACCACCAUGGUCCUCGUUAUGUCCUGUCUACCAAGACCAAACAAGUGUUGGAGUGGAAAGAGGGUGAUGGAAUGAAAACGAACCGUCGUGUGAUGAUCAACAACAACAACAACAACAAUAACAACACUUUAUCCAUUCCUACCAUCAUCCACAAUGAAUUGGUUCGGAAUGAACCUUCUCCUCAUCUUCCUUUCAAUCGACUCUUUCCCAUGAUGUGUCAACAUUGCCAUCAUCGUCCACCCCUAUUCAUGAUGAUGGUAAUGCAACCAAAGGACAAUGAGGUUUCAGUUCAAUCACAACAAGAACCACAACAACUCUACUGUUGCAAUUAUGUUAUUGGACUUGAUGAACCUUUUAUUCGAAUUGAUCGUUCAAUGACUCCAGUCUCCAAAGAGGAACAUGAAAUUCAAUUAUCCAUACCACGCAUGACAAGAACGAAGACGACGAUGAAGGAUCUAGAAAUUCCUCCCCAUUACAAUCCUCAUGUCUUGGCUGUGAAUACGACACGAAUUGAAUCCGGUCAUUCUCUACUCGUCGUCGUAUCAGCUAAUGAUCAUUCUCUCAAAACAGUUCAUAAUACUACUACAAGUACGACUACUACUUCUUUGGAUUAUGUAGAAUGUGCUGGUGAACUUCGAUUAAGACCAAUAGUCCAUCAUCAUCACCACCAAUGUGUGAAUAUUCCUCUUCUUGAAUGUAUCGUUCAUUCUCUUCCUUCUGACAACAACAACACAAAGUGUAUCGUAUGUGAAUUAUUAUUAUCAUUACUAUACGAUGAACAACAACAACAACCUCAACAACAACAUUGUUGGAAACAAUCACAUUUUGAACCUCCUCAACAACCACAACAACCUCAACCACAACCACAACAACAACCACAACCACAACCACAACCACAACAACAACCUCAACAACAACAUGUGAAAACAAUCAUGUUUUUUGAAAUUGUUUCCAUCAAUCUUCAGACUUCCUUCUUUGCAUUUCCAGACAUUCAAGUAUUAGAAAAUUGGAAUCGAUUUGGAAUGGAUGGAUUUUCAUUGUAUCGAUGCAAUGCAUGGGAAAUGAAGGGAAGAAGGGAAAGAUGUUUGAAAGAUCAGAAAGAAGAACAUGAUGAUGAUGAUGAACAACAAUUAGAACAAUAG